UCAGGCGGCUUUGUGUUUUGAGUCUAAUCUAUAAGUGUUUUAACUUUAAAUUAUAUAUUUCAAAGGAAACACUUGAAUGCGUAAAACACUUUUUUGUCACAUUCUUGUUUACCACAGCCCCAACCCAAACUCAAAAGCAGAAACCCAGAAAGCCAGACUAGUCCCACAGAGGACUUUUCAGCUUUUACCCCCAAAACCUUUUUGGUUAUCAUGAUGGCACAUCACCCUCAGCUCAGGCCUCAUUAAAUUCACCACCACUGUGCCCUCAUUUCAUGCCAUCCAUUCCCCCACUUCUUCUCAGUUUGGAGACUUACUGCUUGGCAACAGCUCUAGCUUUCUCCAAAUCUGAUUUGAUUUCUUUAUUCAAUAUGUUCCAUCAAUGAUCAUAUCCUGCAAUUGACUGCAUUGCUGGUGUUGAGAGAGAUGGGUCAUCAUUCAUGCUGCAACAAACAGAAGGUAAAGAGGGGACUGUGGUCACCUGAGGAAGAUGAGAAACUGUUCAACUACGUUUCCACCCAUGGCCAUGGUUGUUGGAGCUCAGUUCCAAGACUCGCCGGCCUGCGAAGAUGCGGCAAAAGUUGCAGGUUAAGAUGGAUUAAUUACCUCAGGCCAGACUUGAAACGUGGGCACUUGUCUUCCCAGGAAACCGAUCUCAUAAUCCAACUCCACAGAGUUCUAGGAAACAGGUGGGCUCAAAUUGCCAAGUACCUCCCGGGAAGAACAGAUAAUGAAGUGAAGAACUUCUGGAACUCGAGCAUAAAGAAAAAGCUUAUCUCUGGUGCUACUGUUUCUGUUGACUUAACUACCCUAUCAGAUGUCUGGAAUCCAGUUGCAUCUCGUGAGGGUUUGUUGUCUCUAAAUGCAAACCCAGAUCCAACCGUUGCUGGCCAACAGCGUCACUUUUGUCUUCCACAACAAACAACAAAGCUAGCAAGUUAUGAUGAUGGUGAUUUUGAGCCAGACAUGAUCGAUUACGAUGUCAACUGGAUAAGCGUGUCACAGCCGCAGCCGCUGCAAACAGAAACAACAGAUUCUUGUGACCUGAUGCCGACAGAGAGUUGUGGUUAUAGUAUUCGUCAUCAUCAUGGUCAUCGAUAUCGUCCAUCGGAGAAUUAUCAGGAUUACAGUCAGACCGAUGAAGCCACAACCGCUUACGAUGGACAGCUUCUGGGAUCCGAGAUCCCCAACAUGGACAAAUGUGGAAUACCAUCUUCUUCUGCUUUACAUGAAACUACUGAACCAUUUACUGCUUUCCCUUCUUCAGCUUGUUUUCCAUUUCGCUCUUACCCAUGGAAUCCUCAAAUGCCCACCAAUCAGAGGCAGUGCAUUAAUUGACGGAACCAUACCAGCAUCAUUAUCAGUAUGAACCCUCCUACUCCUAGUCCUAGUCUAGCAUCGAUCAGACUGGGUUCCAGAGGUUCGAUCGGCUUGGUUGCUUAAUUUUCUCAUCAUGUGUGAAUUCAAUACAAACACUUGUUAAUGGAUUUAUUCCACCCUCCCAAAAAAAAAAAAGUAUUUAUGGAUGUGAAUUUAAAGCUUCAUUAAUACAAACAUUUGUGGGUUUC